AUGAAACCUAUGUCCAGGUCCUGGAAGCUGUCCAGUCCAAAAUAUGCUGAUCUGAAUUGGAACAAUGUGACGGGGCUGAAGGAGUCUGAGGAGAAGCUGAAGCUGCAGCAGCAGGAGGCGUCACGCAGGGGGAACAUCCUGGUCAUGCGGCUCGCCACCAAGGAGCAGGAAAUCAGCCAAGUCCAGCAGCCCAGUGCAGCAGCCAAGUCCAACAGCCCAGUGCAGCAGCCAAGUCCAGCAGCCCAGUGCAGCAGCCAAGUCCAACAGCCCAGUGCAGCAGCCAAGUCCAACAGCCCAGUGCAGCAGCCAAGUCCAGCAGCCCAGUGCAGCAGCCAAGUCCAGCAGCCCAGUGCAGCUGGGUCGUCCAUGGUAGACCCGGCCAUAAACUUAUUUUUCCUCAAAAUGAAGGGCGAACUGGAACAGACUAAAGACAAACUGGAGCAGGCCCAAAAUGAACUGAGUGCCUGGAAAUUUACACCAGAUAGCCAGACGGGGAAGAAGCUCAUGGCCAAGUGCGGGAUGCUGAUCCAGGAGAACCAGGAGCUGGGGAGGCAGCUGUCCCAAGGCCAUUUAUCACCCAGCUGGAGGCAGAGGAAGUACAGUGAGAAGCUGAAGAGCAGCCAGGAUGAGUUGAACGAUUUCAUCAUCCAGCUGGAUGAGGAGGUGGAGGGCAUGAAGAGCACCAUCCUGGUCCUCCAGCAGCAGCUCAGGGAGACCCGUCUGCAGAUCUCCCAGAACCCAGCUCAGGGAGACCCGUCUGCAGCUCUCCCAGAACCCAGCUCAGGGAGACCCGUCUGCAGCUCUCCCAGAACCCAGCUCAGGGAGAUCCGGAAAGACUGCGAGAGGGUCUCCAACGGACCUAGCAACGGUAGCUCGUCCUCCCAGAGAGGUGCAGCGGCCACCCCCAGCCUGUACCGUGAGGUCAGCAGCACAGAGGAAGACUUUCCUCCGUCUCCCAUGGUCUCCAGCCCCGGCGAGGGCGAGACUAAACUCUCCAACCACUCAGAGGCAGCGGGGGACCAGACUAGUGACGGUGCAGGGGGUUUUGGGAGCCAGCUGAGCACAGGGUACGAGAGCGUGGACUCCCCAACUGGCAGUGAGAUGUCCCUGACGCAGCACUCGAAUGACACAGACUCCAACACCGACCCCCAUGAGGAAAAGGCAGUCCCGGUCGUCAAGUUUUAUAUGUACUUUAUAAUAACACGUAUGUCUGUCUUUUUAUACGAGACCCAAACAAAAACAAUGAACACAUAGUCGGUAACAGUACUGCUGUCCAGAAUUAGUUUUUCCAUCCUCUUUCCUUUGCCUAUCGUGAUACCUCUGCCAAAACCUAAAGAAAAUAAUUGCGUUGCUAAACCGGAACAUUACGUUUAAUGUAUAUAGAUUUGAAUUUAGUUUUUUGUAUGAUUCAAGCUAGAUAUUUGUAAGUCCCUCUGGAUAAGAGCGUCUGCUAAAUGAUGUAAAUGAAUAAAUGAGAAUACAAUACAGGUACAGGAUGCAAUAUAAUACAGGUACAUCAUGCUGUACAAUACAAUACUGGUACAGCGUACACUACAGGUACAGCAUACAA